GCUGACGGCUUAUAAACAGGCGAGCGCAGCGCCAUGAGUUACAGUUCAGACUCAGAGAAAACACGAGAAACACAGAGAGACAGAGAAAGAGAGACCGGCAGCAUCCACACCCUUCACAACAGAGCUUAUUACUACACUUAUCAGUACUCUUUACAGAAAUCAGAGACCAUUUGACACGAGAUCAACAUCAAAAUGCGACUGCUUUGCCUGUUCCUGCUGGUGGCCGGCAGCGUUUUUGCCGAAGAGGACGACAAGAAGGACAGUGUUGGGACAGUGAUUGGAAUAGACCUCGGGACGACCUACUCAUGUGUUGGAGUGUUCAAGAACGGCCGUGUCGAGAUCAUCGCCAAUGACCAGGGAAACCGCAUCACUCCGUCAUACGUGGCCUUCACCACUGAAGGUGAGCGACUCAUCGGAGACGCUGCGAAGAACCAGCUGACCUCCAAUCCUGAGAACACAGUCUUUGACGCCAAGAGGUUGAUCGGCCGCACAUGGGGUGACUCGUCUGUGCAGCAGGACAUUAAAUACUUUCCCUUUAAGGUUAUUGAGAAGAAGAACAAGCCUCACAUCCAGCUGGACAUCGGAUCAGGUCAGAUGAAGACUUUCACCCCUGAGGAAAUCUCUGCCAUGGUUCUGACAAAAAUGAAGGAGACCGCAGAGGCUUACCUGGGAAAGAAGGUCACGCAUGCUGUGGUCACUGUGCCCGCUUAUUUCAAUGACGCCCAGCGCCAGGCCACCAAAGAUGCAGGAAUCAUCGCCGGACUGAACGUCAUGAGGAUCAUCAAUGAGCCAACCGCUGCCGCCAUUGCUUACGGUCUGGACAAGAGGGACGGUGAGAAGAACAUCCUGGUGUUUGAUCUCGGCGGCGGCACCUUUGACGUUUCACUGCUGACCAUCGAUAACGGCGUCUUCGAGGUGGUGGCCACCAAUGGAGACACUCACCUUGGCGGCGAAGACUUCGAUCAGCGCGUCAUGGAGCACUUCAUCAAGCUAUACAAGAAGAAGACCGGCAAGGACGUGCGCAAGGACAACCGCGCCGUGCAGAAGCUGCGUCGUGAGGUGGAGAAGGCCAAGAGAGCGCUGUCUGCCCAGCAUCAGGCCCGCAUCGAGAUUGAGUCCUUCUUCGAGGGUGAAGACUUCUCUGAGACGCUGACCCGUGCCAAGUUUGAGGAGCUCAACAUGGUAAGAGAAGCUCCACUUUACCAACUAAACACUGACAAAACUACAAUACA